AGGAGGGGGGGUUUUCUGCAAAUUGUUCCAACGGUCAAAAGGAAAGUGCCAUCCAGAUUCUCACCCUUCUCAGCAGCUCAAAACACAUUUCUCACCCUUCUCUCUCUCUCCCUCUUCAGAAAUCGACGCCCUCAUCGCCGAAGCCACAGACCUCUGCACCCUCGAGCAAAUUGCAGCCCUCAACACUGCUCACCUCUCCGGCUCCCCUCUUCUCCCUCCUCCUCCCAUAGUCUCAAUGCCUUCCCCGUUCUCCUCCUCUUCAGAGAUCGAUGACUCCGCAAUCGAUGCCGUCAUUGCCGAAGUAACAGACCUCUGCGCCCUCGAGCAGAUCGCGGAGCUCAACACCGCUCACCUCUCAGACUCCCAUCUCCCUUCCAAUCUCGACACCCGAUUCGAGAGGCUCAAAUCCUUUCCUGCUGCUAAGCAUGAAUGGACCAAUGAAGAGAAAGAAAACGUACCCGGAAGCUUGAAUCGGAGCGAGAGCAGCCCGAUUCCGUGGCAAGAUCCGAAACCCGAUCAGCGACCGGUGAAGCCUGAUAUCAGGGAGGAGAAGCAAAGAUCGGGAGGAUCACCUUCACCACCAAGGAAAAGCUGCUGUUUUGUUUUCCCUCCGAAGAGGAUCCAGAGAAGGGGAAGCAAGAUUGAUGGUGAUGAUGAUGAUGAUGAUGAGAUUAUGAAGGAGUUUGGGAGCCGUAAGCUGAAGGAGCGUCGGAGGAAGCUGAAGAAGGCGUGGAAGGAUCAAGAGAAGGCGAACGAGGAGGCGGAGAAAAUGGCCACGUGGGUGAAGCAGGUGUCCUCAAAGAUCAAUGAGGCUGCCAUUGAUGAGCUGCUGAAAGAGGAGCUCAAGUGACUGGUUUCGUUCCCUGAUGCUAGUUUGUAUGACUAUAAAUCUUUUCAUUCAAUUUCUUACAUAGCAUGUUGAAUAGAAUACUAUAGAUUUCAGUACAAAUAGGAAACAUGUACCUAAAUUUUUGUUAUAUGCAUGAGGAUUAUGUGUUGCUUAUUUGGUUUUUC